AUGCGCAUGGCUGCUGCUGCUCCUGCUGCUGCUGCUGCGCGCUUGCGUGCCGUUGCGCUCUGGGCCGCCCUCCUCGUCCUCGUGGUCGGCGUCUUCUCCGUAUCCGGCGCGGAGGUGCCGAACAGCUCUUCGUCGCCGUCGUCGUCUCAUCUGGGGCAGCAGGGGGCUUUUACCAGCAGGAGACCGAGCGUGGAGCGGGAGCUCGACGCCGCGCGAGCCGCGAUACGGCGCGCGGCGCGGUUGCACCGUGGCAGCAACGCCAGCUCGGCGCCGGGAAGAUGGUUCCGCGGCGACGACGUGGACUAUGCUCUCCUCGCGAGGGUGUACCGCAACCCGGCAGCCUUCCACCGGAGCUACGUGGAGAUGGAGAGGCGGUUCAAGGUGUACGUGUACACGGAAGGGGAGCCGCCGAUCCUGCACGCGGGGCCCUGCAAGAACAUCUACACCAUCGAGGGCCGCUUCAUCGAGCAGCUCGAGCUCCUCGCGCCGCCGGCUGCCGGCGUCCGGACGUGGGACCCCGACCGCGCGCACGCCUUCUUCCUCCCCUUCAGCGUCGUCCAGAUGGUGCACUUUGCGUACCGGCCCCUCUCAUACGACCGCGCCCCGCUGCUCUCCCUUGUCCGCGACUACGUCCGCGUCGUCGCCUCCCGCCACCCCUUCUGGAACCGCUCCGCCGGCGCCGACCACUUCAUGCUCUCCUGCCAUGACUGGGGUCCUGACGCAUCCAAGGGGGACCCGGAGCUGUACGCGAACGGCAUCCGUGCGCUCUGCAACGCCAACACGUCGGAGGGGUUCCGGCCGGGGAAGGACGUGAGCAUCCCGGAGAUCAACCUCUACGACGGCGACACGCCGCGGCAGCUCCUGGGCCCUUCGCCGGGGCUGUCGGCGCGGCCCUACCUGGCCUUUUUCGCCGGCGGGCGGCACGGCCACGUCCGAGAUCUCCUGCUCCGGCACUGGAAGGGCCGCGACCCGGCCACAUUCCCCGUGUACGAGUACGACCUCCCCUCUACCACCGGCAACGGCAACAGCAGCGGCAGCCACAACCGGCGAGGCCGCGACCGGCAGAGCGACUACUUCGCCUACAUGCACCGGUCGCGCUUCUGCCUGUGCCCGAGCGGGCACGAGGUGGCGAGCCCGCGUGUUGUGGAGGCCAUCCACGCCGGGUGCGUGCCCGUACUGGUGUCGGGCGGCUACGCGCCGCCCUUCGCCGACGUACUGCGGUGGGAGUCAUUCUCGGUGUCCGUCCCCGUCGCCGACAUCCCCAGGCUGAAGGAGGUGCUGGAGGGGAUACCGACCGCGGAGGUGGAGCGGCUCCGGGACGGGGUGCGGCUGGUGAAGCGGCACUUCACUCUGCGGCAGCCGCCGGAGAGGCUCGACAUGUUCCACAUGAUCCUGCACUCCGUCUGGCUCAGGAGGCUCAACUUCAGGCUCGACCACUAUCCAGUUCAGAAUUCAGUCGGAUGACUGAUGAGUAGACAGAAAUUUAGAACAGAAACACCGUGCAACACCCUGGGUUCCUAAUUAGUAACAUACUCUACGUUUUUAUUCUCAUAGUGCUAUACAUAAUUUCAGAUACAUUACAAAGGAUGUAAAUACCGAAUUUUGCUGCUGAGAAAUAACUGUGUCUCAUUCACGCUAUCGACCCUCAAAUCAAAUGCGUUGUGAUUCAUGCAGAGCGACUUGAUAUUUGUUUUGUUUUGGAUUG